AUGAGCGCCUCGUCGCCCCUACCGAGCCGUCUCUGUUCCAUCAGUCAGCUGCCGACUUUACGUUCAAGCGAUAAAGUCCGCUUUCUCGGAUGCGUAAAUCACUACGAUGAAGCCACUGCUACAUUGUCUCUCUUCCACAACUUCCCGACUCCCCAAGAUCGCCAAAUCGCUCAAGUCGAUAUCAGCCAACUGCUCGACACUAUUGACCGUCAACUCCUUCAGAUCGGUGCCUGGAUCAAUGUUGUCGGCUACGUCACUCCAUCAACAUCUACGAACCGUAUCCAAGUCCAAGCCGUCAUCAUCUGGUCUGCAGGCGCAAUCAACCUGCAGCAGUAUGAGACCGCUCUUGUCUCUAGACAGACGACAUGA